AUGUCGAUUACCGCCCUUUCUACAGAGAUCAUUCAGAAGAUCUACGAGUAUGCGAUGAUCCAAGACGCCCUCAACUUGGCACAAACCUCCAGGAAGAACUACAGCAUAUUUCUCGGUCGCCGAAUGCCAAUUCUAGAACAAACCAUGAACAAUUCAUACGGCCCUCUUUCGGAGCUAGUCAAACUUGUCAUAAGCAACGAACAAGAUAAGAGUCGAAGGCCAAUGGGGACGGAACUUCGCCGCAACAAUAUGGUCGACCGCAUCCUUCAGACCCCAGAAACCCCAAAGCUUACCAUCGAGCUAAUCAAGAAGAUGGUGGAGUACGGCAAGGUUGCAGAGAAAUGGACAGAGGUAUACCCGAGGUUACGAUGGCGGUUUGGGUCGAGUAAUCGCCGGUUGCUUCACGCUCACGAGAGGGAACGGCUUCGCCAAGCCAUCUACAUCCAUUGGAUUUAUACCAAUCUGUUCCAUGAUCAGACAUACACCCAAUUCGCUCCCGAUCCACCCGUUGCAUCGUCACAAGAUGAUCCACGUCUUCGCCUCCUUCGCACCUACUCGAGUAUAUCACUCUCUCACCUUAGCGAAUUCCAUUUCCACAUCAUGCAGUUGAUAGAGCUCGAUCUUUAUCCUUCCAACCAAGUCGUUCUAGAUCAUUACUCGCACAGUCUUCCUUGGCGAUCUCUCGAAAAGCUAGCCUGGGGAGAGCGAGGAAACGAAUAUUGGCGUCUAGUCCGGGGCGUGAUGAAAUUCAAUCCCCAGGACCUCCUUCACCUAGUCGAAGAUACAAGCAUAAAAACUCAACGGGCUGAAUUCCUCCGAAUUCAAGGCACCCACUUCAUAGAGACCCCCGAAACGUUAAAUGACUCUCUCCGGGCCUUGGUCAGCGAAAGGACAACUGGAGCGCGUGGGCCGUCUGAGUCUCUUGCUGAGGAAAUUGUUCCCUACUUUCCCUCGUUGUCAAUGGAGCGCGAUGGUCCACAAGAGGAUAUUGAGUACUGGGGUGGACAUGAGACGGGGAUCGUAGGUGUGACUGCAUCGGAGAUGAAGGAAGUGCUCGCACGUCGUUCCCGCCAUGUUCAUCGCUUGAGUAAGGCGUUGACUUUGAGGGGUAGGGAGUUUGAAGUUUUGUUUUCACCCUUUGUGAGUGGGUUAGAGGUGCAAUCGUUGGAAGAGUAA